GCCGGACAUGAAGCGCCCGAGGCAGCACGAGGACCGGCACUUGGACGAGUCUGACGUGUUCAAAGUGGCCCAGUACAUCGCGGACGCGUCAACGAUGUUUGCGUUCCUCGACGUGAUGCACCCUCUCAAUAUGCUUGGGCCACUGGACCACUUGUACCAACUCGGAUUAACAUGGAACCGCGCAGAGCUAUGGCCAGUGUUGACCGUUCGGCGUUGUAGUGACACCGAUACAUUGCAUCUGGCGGCGAUUCUCAAGUUCUACGCUCGCGUGAAUGUCGCCGACUCCAGUUGCGACUUGGACUGGGUCGACCAUCAUGUUUCUCCUCACGCCGACUUGUCAUGGACCGUGCUCCCUGAAGCGCCAUCGUCUGACAUCGCACUGGAUCAAGCAUGGUGGGCAAGGUGGGCGUCACAUCGUAUCACGAGGGUGGAUAUCCAUUGCCAUCAGUCGAAUGACGACAUGAUUCAAGCGCUGGUAGCCGUGCUCCCUCGAUUCACCUCGUUAACCUCGUUGAGUGCAUUCGCUUGCAACGCUCAGGUCGCGGCCAAAUUAAUUGCUGUAGCCGCCACGAGCCGUCAACUCAAGGCGCUCACGUUCGACGGCGCAUCCACCGUUCGUGUGACCACCUCGUUGUGCCAACACAUCCUUGCUUGGUUCUCAGCGGUCCCAGUUCGCAAGUUCCAUGUCAGCAAGUGGCGUCCAAAAUGCGACGAUGUCGCUGCAGCGCUGCUCCAGCAAGUGCACUCGGUCAUGUUCAAUUGUCCCAGCUUGGAUUCGUUGGCGUUCCAAUGGUCCGUGCUGCACAGGGUGGUUGACGUUCCUGCGCUCACUUUCCCGAUGCGGUCGCUGACGUUUGCAAAUACCGAGUUGGGGUCGGCCUUUGUGGAUGCCUUGGUUGCGAGUUCCCCGACGUCGACCGUGGCGAGGAUGGUGUCCCAUGUUCAGGACGACCAGUUUAUCGAGCUCGAGCGGCUCGUCGAAGCGCUGCCAGCCAUGCCAUCGCUUCAGUCGUUUGAGAUGGGAUGCGGCCAACAAACGUCCAAGACAUGGGCUCGAUUCUUUCGCAAGCUUGUGUCAUGCCGCGUGACAGAGCUGACGGUGCGCAUAACAAAGCUGCCCCGACAAUCCACCCUCGAACUGGCCUACGCCAUUGCGAAAAACAAAACGAUCCAAGUCGUGCAUGCAUUCGUCGCCGACGCCGUGUUUCAAGACGUGAAGAACCUCAUCGAGAUCACCACAGGCAAUGAACGACCCGUCCAGAUGACGGAGAUAGACAUCGGCGAGUCGAAGCUCGAUGCAAGUGAAUUGGCUGCGCUCACGGCUUUGGCUGCGCGGCGCCAUGUGACCUUUCGGUUCCAGCGUCCUCGUCACAGUAAUCGUGCUGCGUCAAGGUCGUAAUGUUGUACCAGCCAAGAAUUCAUGUGGUGGCGACAACGGGCAUCGACGUGGUCCUACAGACGAGCUCCACACGUCACGAUGGAUGGAAUUGUUGCUGUGGCAAAGGGUAAGGAUGCUAGAUGCAUUUACCUGGCCUUGCUCUAUGUGGCUACCGGCGGAAUACUUGCCCAACCUGCCACGCAAGGAGCAUCUGUGGACAUGAAAAUAGGGAAAAGGAGCAUCUUGAGCACGAUUUCGAAGCGUUUGGAAAGUUAACGGCCGAGUGUGCCGAGACGCAAAUGCACUUUCAACCACGGACACUGAGGCCGACGUUGAGCAACUGAUUGGACGAAGAAUUGUGGCGUGGUGGACAGAGGAGGUCGCCACGUGCUGACUAAAGGUGCUCUAGUGCUGUAAACGAAAAUGCAUGGCUUCCGCGAGG